UUUGGGAACGAUCCUCAGACGGAGACACAGUUGAGUAUUGGAAAACGGCCAACGUGAAAACGUCAACGGGUAGAUAGAGGGCGUGUGCCUGUUCCGAUUUUUUGACGUGGCAUUGCGUCGGCAGUGCAGGCAGUAGUCUGAUGCCGUUCCAUGCUGUACUCAUAAUGAAACGACAAAACAUAAGGAACAAGGUCAUAUUUGGCGAAAACCUUUUUGUGAGCACGUUACAUCAUGAUGCCACGAAGGGCAGUCUAAAGUUCGGCGUAAAUACCGUGAAUUUGUAAUACGUGGAUUAUUUUACACAUGAACAAUUUCUUCCCAUUUUUGAGGAGUCAUACAGUUUUUUGAAGAUUUCAAAAGUGGUUUUAGUCAAAACAAAGAUCUGUUGCCAUGGCAACGUACCAGGAGUACAUUCAACAGAAUGAAGAUCGGGACGGAGUCCGGUUGAGCUGGAACGUCUGGCCUUCCAGCCGCCUCGAAGCGACGCGGAUGGUCGUGCCCCUGGCAGCGCUGUACACGCCCCUCAAGGAGCGCCCCGACCUGCCUCCGGUCCAGUAUGAGCCAGUGCUGUGUGCAAGGUCCACCUGCAGAGCUGUCCUCAAUCCAUUCUGCCAAGUCGACUACAAUGCCAAAUUGUGGACUUGCAAUUUUUGCUUUCAGAGAAAUCAGUUCCCACCUCAGUACAGAGGCAUCUCUGAGCAGCACCAACCAGCUGAGUUAAUUCCUGCUUUCUCAACCAUCGAGUACACACUGAGUCGCGCCCCUUCCUGCCCCCUGAUCUACCUCCUGGUCCUGGACACCUGCAUGGAUGACGAUGACCUCCAGGCCCUCAAGGAGUCGCUGCAGAUGUCCCUGAGUCUGCUGCCCCCGAAUGCCCUGAUCGGCCUGAUCACCUUCGGUCGCAUGGUGCAGGUCCACGAGCUGGGCUGCGAGGGCUGCUCCAAGAGCUACGUUUUCCGCGGGACGAAAGACCUGAACGCCAAGCAAAUACAGGAGAUGCUCGGAAUCGGCAGAACAUCAGGCCAGCCGCAGAUGAGAGGACAGCAGCAACAGCCGCAGCAGCAGCAACCAAUGAACAGGUUUCUUCAGCCUGUUCACAAGUGCGACAUGAACCUGACUGAUCUGUUGGGGGAACUGCAGCGUGAUCCCUGGCCCGUCGGUGCCGGGAAGCGACCACUGCGCUCAACCGGGGUGGCACUAUCCAUCGCCACUGGCCUGCUUGAGUGUUCUUUCCCGAAUACCGGUGCCCGCAUCAUGCUGUUCAUUGGUGGGCCUGCAACCCAGGGCCCUGGCAUGGUGGUGGGUGACGAACUCAAGACGCCCAUCAGAUCCCAUCACGACAUCGAGAAAGAUAACGCCAAGUUCAUGAGAAAGGCCAUGAAGCACUAUGAGGGACUGGCCACCAGGGCCAGCACCAAUGGCCACACCAUCGACAUUUACUCCUGUGCACUGGAUCAGACGGGACUGCAUGAGAUGAAGACAUGCUGCAACUACACAGGUGGUCACAUGGUGAUGGCAGACUCCUUCAACACCUCCCUCUUCAAGCAGACCUUCCAGCGCGUCUUUGCCAAGGACCAGAAGGAAGAGUUCCAGAUGGCUUUUGGCGCUGUCUUGGAGGUCAAGACCUCGCGAGAGCUGAAGGUGUCUGGUGCCAUUGGUCCGUGCAUCUCCAUGAAUGUCAAGGGGCCCUGCAUCUCGGACACGGAGAUCGGUAUGGGUGGCACCACACAGUGGCGUUUCUGUGGUUUGACUCCACAAACAACAGUGGCGCUCUUCUUUGAAGUUGUCAACCAGCACAAUGCGCCCAUCCCACAGGGCGGAAGAGGCUGUGUCCAGUUUGUCACCCAGUACCAGCACUCCAGCGGCCAGCGCCGAGUCCGUGUCUCCACUCUGGCAAGGAACUGGGCCGACGCGGCCAUCAACAUCCAGCACAUAGCGGCCGGCUUUGACCAGGAGGCGGCGGCCGUCCUGAUGGCCCGCAUCGCCGUCUACCGUGCCGAGAACGAGGAAGGGCCCGAUGUGCUGCGCUGGCUGGACCGCAUGCUCAUCCGGCUCUGCCAGAAGUUUGGGGAGUACCACAAGGACGACCCCAACUCCUUCCGCUUUGCCGAGAACUUCACCAUGUAUCCCCAGUUCAUGUUCCACCUGCGUCGCUCUCAGUUCCUGCAAGUCUUCAACAACAGUCCUGACGAGACGUCCUACUACCGACUGAUGUUGAUGAGAGAGGACCUGACACAGAGUCUCAUCAUGAUUCAGCCUGUACUCUUCUCCUACUCCUUUGAUAAGACAGAGCCCGUUCUCCUGGAUACCAGCAGCAUCCUGCCAGACCGUAUCCUCCUCAUGGACACCUUCUUCCAGAUUGUCAUAUUCCAUGGAGAGACCAUCGCCAGCUGGAAGCGGGAGGGGUACCAGGACCUUCCUGAGCAUGACAUGUUCCGGCAGCUGCUGAAGGCGCCCAGGGAUGACUCGCAGGAGAUCCUGCAGAAACGAUUCCCCAUGCCCCGCUACAUAGACUGUGACCAGAACAGCAGUCAGGCUCGUUUCUUGCUGUGCCGAGUCAACCCCUCACAGACACACAAUAACAUGUACGCUUGGGGACAGGAAGGAGGGGCACCUGUAUUGACGGAUGAUGUCAGCCUCCAGGUCUUCAUGGACCACUUGAAGAAACUGGCCGUCUCCAGCUCCUCUUAAUGCUGAGCACUGCUGCUUAUACAGGAGGGCAUUUGUUCACGAAUUACAUCAUUUGCAACCUACUACAUCAACUACAUGUUAAAAAAUGCUUUUGGGAAGGCGCAGAGUGAAACACCCUUGUCUGUGUAGUUUUCUCUUUGGAUGUCUCGGUAAUUUAUCUGUAAAGUUGUGUACAGGAUAUUAUGUGGCAUUGGCUCCAAAAGGUCUCAACCAUACAACUCCAAGCACAUGGGACUCUGCUGCCAAAUUACAGUGUCUUUGAUAAAACUUGGAACUAUGUGCCUGGAUCAGUCAAUAUAUUCAAGGCCAUAUUUUACCACUUUAGUGACUUAUUUGAAAAUACAGCUUUUUGGGGGGCAAGCAGAAUUAACUUUUUUUUCCUGUCCUUGUGUUUUUUCAUUUUUCAUUGUUCGAAGUGCAUUUAUGUGUCAAGUGUAAAACCUACUAGACUUUGUAAAUCACAUGUUGAAAAAAAAAAGUAACCUAACAUAAAUGGUAACUUCAAACUGGCAAGUGAAGUAGAAAACGAUGACAUGCAAAGCAACACAUCCUUAGCUACAACUUUUCUAUCAGCUCAGCAUAACCAUGUGUUUUAUCCAUUUAUUUUGAGGGAAGUCAAGCCAAGCCAAGUAAAACAAGUGCAGUCUCUUUUUUUAAGUUCAGUCUACAUCGCAGUUAAUUUUCCCUUUUUGGCCAGUGACUAACUCUCAAAUACUGUUGUUCCCUUCCUCAUCCAUCUAUCUUGAAAUUGAAAGCUGCAUAAUAUGUUAUUUUAAUUUCCCUUUGUGCAUUAAGGAUCAUUACCAGCAUGGGUUGAAGAUGCAGUCAGUUUAAUAUCCUGUCGUUCAGUGCGCCACUUCAAUCACUGUUGGUUGUUUACGACUUUGGGCAAAAUCCAUUAAUGAUGUCUGCGAUUUGGUAGUCCAGCUCAGCUUGUCUCUGCUUUCAAUUUGUUUUUGUGCUGUGUUUGGAAAGCUCCAGCUGAGGGUUCCAUGCUGAGCAUUGUCGUCAUCCUUUUGUGCCUAUUUGUGUGAAAAAAAAACUAACCCCCACGAAGGCUGCUUGCUGUUGGAUGUGCAGCUGGAAUGGGAAAGGUUUUGACCAUUGUGAACUUUGGCCACGGUAAAUAAAUGACAGUAAGCAAUACCCUCAGUUGGGAGUUCAUCAACAUGUUUCAAGAUUCAUGUGCUCACGCAAGUCAAAAGUGAGCUGCUUAUUACUUGACUCGUUCACGCAGUGGGUCGAAACCGAAAAUAACCGACAAAAGGUUGACCUGUUUGGUGCAUUAACUUAGGGAACAAGUUGUAUUUGUAAAGCACUUUUUUCGGAGGGGCAAAUUUUCAGGGGGGGGGCAACAAAUUGAUAAAUCAUUAACAGAGGAAGGUCACUUUUGAGGUUUUCAAGAAAAUUGAUGAUUCUCAUCCCCUUCCAUCAUUUGCUUGAUCCUUUCCCCGCUUUUAAUAUUUAAUGUGGUUUUUUGGGGGGGAGUUGAGUUGCAAGCAACAAGAUUUUUCAUUAUUCAUUGAUGUAAUAAUUAUAAACUGCUACUUCCCCAAAUGUCAAUCUUUACAUUGGGCGAUUCACAUUUCAGUUAUCUUAAGUACUCUAGCUUAUUAUGCGAGUUUUGUUUUAAGACAGCUAAUUAAAAGAACCACCACACAGCAGUCGGAGGAA